AUCGACGAUAAGUCUUGCACAAGGUUGAUGAAGUAGAAUUAGUUUGUUCCAUACUUUGAGCCGUAUUGUAUCGUAAAUAAUUGUAUUAUUUGUUGUUUGUUUACGCCCUUGUUUGUGCGGCUACAAUCUAAUCUAUAUUCUACAACCAUAAAUAUAGCAGGCGAAGGAUCGGAACAUGAUGGCAGAUGCAAUAGAAGAGAAGGUGGUUAUGACACCAAAAUGUAAAACAGCGACAUCAACCACACUGGUUGUGGAGAGAAAAGCAGUAGAACCUGAAGCAAGUGAUAAAAUUCAUGUGGCUGGAGGAGACCACACUGGCAUCAUUAUUAACAAAGAAGAAGUUUACGAAAACGGAGUAACAGAGCCAUGUCAUGCGCAGCUAGAAUUCAGAGUGUACCUAGUAUCCGCUGCCAAUGGAUCCCACACUCGAGAAGCGAGGGCGUUAAGGUUCUGGUUCAAACCGCAGAUGCCGCCCAGCGAAAGACCACACGAGGCACAGACUUUCUUCCGAGAACUCGUCAGCCCUCAAGAUUUUCCGAAAGAUUACGUGGGCUUUAUAAAAAAGAUAAUUAAAUUAAUGCAGCAUAAGUAUGACCAGCUGAAACUACUUGAAAUAGAAUUAAGACAAGAAGGACGUGGGUCGCCACCCCCAGCAUUCAUUGAUGACAGUGUUGCCAACCAAACGCCAAUAAUAUCCGAGCAGAGAGUUUUGGAUAUGAUCGAAAAUGCUUAUCCUAAUCCAUUAACUGUAGAAGACUUUGUCACAGCUGGAAAAUGGUCAAAAGCAGAAGUAAAGGAUGCCCUAGAAUCGUUAGAAGAGAAAGGAUUGACGCGCGCCAUGUCCGAUGGUCUAUACAUUCGACAACAUAGUGUGGAUACACAGGUAGUGAAACAAAUGCCGACAUUGUGUUCAUCGCGCCAACCGACUAUAGCGGUGGUCACCGCUUUGUACUGCGAGAAGCAAGCGGUGGACGCCAUGAUGGAUAACCAGGAGACAUACGUGCGAUACACUACAGUUGGUGAAUCAAAUGUAUACACUUUGGGGUCGAUUGGCGCUCAUCGGGUGGUUACCACCAAGCUACCAUCAGUCGGACGAACGCGGGAGGCGAUGACGGCGGCUGGCAACACCACAACCAGAUUACUUGGAAUCUUCCAGAAGGUGGAGUACGUGUUCCUUGUGGGCGUGGGCGGGGGGGUGCCACACUACACGGACUACACGAGACAUGUUCGGCUCGGCGACGUCGUAGUGUCCGCGCCCGCCGCCGACUUAUCUGAUAAAUACGUGUACAUAUUCUGCGAGAAAGCGGAACGGAACGGCAAAGGAGGCUGGGACUACGAAGUGAAGCCUUACAAACCCACCAACUUCCUUCUACAAGAUAUCGCGACCCGCCUGGCCGCCUCGCAAGCACCAUGGGACUAUUACGUCAGCGAAGGACUGGAACGUUUACAAGGCGUGCCCGGUCGGUGGGAGGCGCCAGAGGGCGUAACAGACAAACUUUGCAUGGAGAUUGGCGAAGGAGCCUUUAUCGAGGUUUCACACCCUGCACCGCAAGGCGACCAGACAGACAUGAGCACCGGCAAGCUGCGCGUGCACUGCGCGCCGGUGGCGGGCGGGCGCGCCGUGUCGUGCGCGGGAGACUCGCGCGCGGCGUUCGCUGCGCACGCGCGCGCUAGAGCAUACGACUGCGAGCUAGACGCAGUGUUGGAGAGUGUGGUGGGCAACAGGAAGGACUGUUUCGUGUCUAUCAGAGGUAUCUCGGAUUAUCGCGACGGCACCCGCGGCAAGGAAUGGCAACCCCACGCCGCGUUGGCCGCCGCGGCCGUCAUGAAAGCCAUCAUCGCUGCCAUGGACCCGCCUACUGAUUGAACGCACAAUAUACCUAACUCAUACCUAUACACAUAGACGUAGAAAAUAAGGCGAAAGGUGUGGCGUAAAAAAGUGAAGCAUCGUAAUGGCGGCGUUGUACGCAUGUGUGAGUGACAAAAUGAAUCUUAAGAGUCUAUAACGUAAUGGCGGCCGACUGUCACACCAUUGGUGAGAGCCUGUGCGUGAGGCGUGUAUAUAAACAGUGGAACGACAUGCUAUUGGUGUUUUCUUUUUGCCGUAUAGUAAAACUUCGUCUGCCUUUUUUCUACGUCUAUGCCUAUCCAUAGAUUUUUUUAUGGACCCACCACCACACAUGGUUCUAACACCUUCCGGUUAUACGAAGUGUAAUCUUACUAAUAAUUCCCACUUUAAUCUCUUUUAUUCAGACUUCACAUAAAUAUUGAAAUAACUAGGUGGGAAUCACCAAUUAAAUAUGGCCUAAUAUGGGCAAUAUAUUGAUGCUUAAACUACGGUAUUCUCCCUUGCAAAAAUGACCAUACCUACUAUUUUUGACGUAAAUCUCAACUUUUGACGUCACAUGCCGUGUGAAAUAUUGAACUGGCUCAAACAGUAAAUAUUUUACUACAAUAACAUCACUGUAGUUACAUAUUCUAAUUUAACCAUAGUUUUUACCUGUUUACAUACACGUAUUAUUACAAAAUACCAAUUUUAUUGUUGUCUUAGUACAUACAACAUUUAUACUUCAUAAGUAGAAGUUAGGAAUUAGACGUGUGAUUCUUAUAGGGUUUAUUUAUCAGUAAGGAACAGCGUUUAAAAAUUACUUAGUGAGUCACAUUGACAAAAUACUACAUCCGUAUCGUACUAAAGGUUUUUCUAUGUGGCCCACUUCCAUUUGAAAGUAAACAUAGUAAAUUUAAAAUUAGAAGUAAGUAAUAAUUCAUUAACAGGUUUACUUGCCUUACAUUUGGCUGUUACAAAAAUAUUAAUAUAAAAUGUUACAUUAAAUUAUUUACACAAUUAGAUUAGACAGACCAAUCUAGUGAGAUUUUUGUGUAACUUGUAAUGUAUUGUGUGAUGUUGCAAUUAUUUUUUAGUGUUGUAUUAUGUUUAUUUUGUUGCUAUUUAUUUGUAUUUUAUCGUCACAAUUUCACCUGACGUAUUAUGGCAACUUUAUCUUAUGCUUUUGCUAACUAUUUACUAUUUACCAUACAAAUCAGAAUAAAAAAAUGAAGUGUCGCCGUCUGACAUCGCACACAGUUUACUGCGCAGUUGUAUAGCUGACGUUAUGGUUAAUGAUAGUGAUGAUUACCCCUAGUGCGAAGACACACUAACCAGUACCUAGUAAGAGUUCUUACCACUUCUAAAGUCUCAGAAUAUUCCGAAUUCUACGCAAAUAUCAUUUUAAUAGUAUGACCUCUGGCUCAAAUCACGUCUUCCUGCGUGUAUGCCAAUCUAUGUUAAGUUGCAGUAAAAUAAGUAUUAUACAUAGUAUAGUAUGUGUCUAUUUAUAUUUAUCAACAUUGAAUAUUUGUGUAACAAUUAAUAAUAAACAGAUAGGUUUCCAGUAAAAGUGGCUAGAAUAUUGAUGUUAAGUAGGUACCUACACGGUUCUUCCUUUUACCAAUUUGACGAACUAAAACGGAAAAUCUUUUACAUGUUAUAAAUCGAAGCAUGUUUUAAUAUUUAUUCAGUUAAAAAGGCCUGGCCUGUUGGCUUCAUUUCUUUUUUGGUAAUAAGUAAAAUGUUUUUUAAAAUCUUCCUAAAUCUAAUAAAUUAUAUAGUACAUUAUGGCCCGUUGAGUCAAUCUUUUUGAUGAUAAGUGAAAUAUGUCUAAUGUACACCAAUAUUUAUCGCCAGAGCUUAGAUUAACUUAGUUCUUAUAUCUAGAUAAAUAACGACUAUUGAUUAUAAUCUACUACGAUACUAAUUCACUGCCAUAAAUGGCCUAUUUAUUUAAUAAUGACUAGUUAUAACUAUAUACAUAGUUAUAUAAAAAAUCCACUGUUGUGACAUUUUUGAAACCAAAGUUUUAGACUACGGCUGUUUUUUGAACACCCCUAAGUCUAGUCUACAUAUAUAUGAAGCACACUUAGUGUCAAAAUAUAUUACAUAUUUACAAAUGUUUAGAUCCACUGAUGUUAUAAUUUCACAUAGAUUUAUAUUUAGAAGUUAGGAUUCUCUAAGAAUCAUAGAACAUCAUUAUUUUAAUUGCAUAAGUAAUUUAUUGUUCUUUGUCGUAAUCAUGGUUGUCACAAAUAUAAAUUGUUCAUUAUUGAGUACCUACUCAUGUAUUUUGUCUGUAUAUUCGGUUUGUUAUUUUUAAGAUUUUGUCUUUUCUGCCUUGAUAUGCACAAUAAACUGUUUAAAUUGAAAA